AUGGCGGCUGAGGCAUCAAGUACAGUGAAGAAUGUCGUAUUAGCAGGAUUUGGAAACAUUACACUGCUUGAUCUCGAUACGAUCGACCUUUCGAACCUCAAUCGUCAGUUUCUGUUCCGCAAAAAGGACGUCAAGCAAUCCAAAGCCCUUGUCGCCGCUAGGACCGCGUCAGCCUUCAACCCUUCUGUCUUUAUUAAACCUCUUUGUGCAAACAUCAAAGAGCCAAAGUAUGACGCGAAAUGGUUUGCGAGUUUCGACCUUGUCAUGAGCGCUCUGGACAAUCUCGAUGCGAGGAAACAUAUCAACAGAAUGUGUCUAGCAGCAGGGGUUCCUCUUGUAGAAAGUGGUACCGAAGGGUACUUUGGACAAGUUCAGCCCAUCAUAAAGGACGAAACGGAAUGUUAUGAAUGCACGCCCAAGCCCGUCCAGCAGCGCACAUAUCCUGUUUGCACGAUUCGGUCUACACCCUCUCAGCCGAUACAUUCGAUCGUGUGGGCAAAGAGUUAUCUCCUACCACAACUCUUUGGCGAGGAAGAGAACGAGGCCGAGCUGGAUAAAGCAGAGCAGGAUGGAGAGAAUCCAAAUGAAAUUGCCGCUCUCCGGGAAGAAGCUCACGAGUGGAAGCGAAUGCGAGCCGCUCUCCGCAUGGCCAAUACAGAGGCAGGCAAGGCGGUCUUCGAAAAGGCAUUUAGAAGAGAUACAGAAAAACUGCUCAGAAUGGACGACAUGUGGCAGAAUCGGCAACGACCGGUCCCCUUGGACUUUGACCAGGUCGCAGCCGGAACAUUUGUUUUGCGAGGGGUCGAACAGAGCCGCCAUGCUUCUAAGUCUGAAUCAAACGGACAAGCCGCUGGUGUCAAUCUGCGGGAUCAACGGUCCCUUACUUUGCCCGAGUCGCUCGAGCUGUUCACGUCCAGUAUCCAGCGGUUAUCAGCCCGGCUACAGGCCGGUGAGAAUAUUAUCACUUUUGACAAAGACGACGACGACACUUUGGACUUCGUGACGGCAGCCUCCAAUUUACGGUCGGCAGUGUAUAACAUCCCGCAAAAGAACCGCUGGGACGUAAAGGAGAUGGCGGGCAACAUCAUUCCGGCGAUUGCGACCACAAACGCCAUUAUUGCCGGUCUCAUUGUCUUACAAGCCGUCCAGAUCCUGCAACACAACCUCGAGUUGCUUGUAUGGCCGUACCUGACCGCAAAGCCGAACAAGCCAAUCACUGGCUCACAACGUCCUCCACCGAACCCCUCUUGCGCCGCAUGCGUGGAUACGUAUAUGAUUGUACAAUGUGACCCAGCAAAUGUGACCCUCGGUGCCCUCCUCUCCAAGACGCUCGCGCACACAGAUUUGGGUGAUGAAGAGGGUGGUGCAUUGGAGACGUCUGAAGUCAAUGUCUUUGAAGCUGGUCGUCUACUGGCUGAUCCUGAAUUUGAUGACAACCUCGAGAAGACGCUUUUGGAACUGGGCUGUGGUCAGGGAAAGUUCAUCUCUAUUGUCGACGAAGAUGAACGGUGGAGCACACUGACCGUGGCAAUCUGCUUACGAGCGGAUGAUGGGGCGGAUUCUCUGAUAUUGCCUCCCACGCGCUCAAAACUCAAGCCAAAGGUAAAGGGCAAAGCGUCGGCGACAGGAGAUAUGGACAUAGAUCGCAAUCAACUCAAACGCAAACUUGGCGAAGACGUUGCUGGCACCGAGGAUGGACCUGCGAGGAAAAAGGUCAAACCGAAUCAAGCCCCGUUGACAAGCCCAUCAAAGGCGCAGAGACUAGAAGAAGAAGGACUGGUAAUCUUAGAGGACGAAGUCACUAUAAUCCUCGACGACUAG